GGGAAUUUACACCCUCUCUACAAAAUGCAAGCAUAAUUUGUCUUAUCGACUGGAACAACGACUUUCACUUCUACCGCUAUUUGGAUACAUUGUUGCACCCUUCAUCCUUGGUUUAGAUCAGUCUGUCCGGUGCAUCAUGCAGACAGGAGCUCACCUGCUUCUCUGUCUCAUCCUGCACUAUAUGGAAGCUGCAGAGGCGUCACAGUGCUGGCAGGGUGCGACCUACUCAGAGGCUGUGGUCUCCCCGGCCCUGAGGAGCAGCAAUAUCRUGCGGGUGCCYGACGUGUCAUCUCUMGCGCAGUGUGCCGYGGCSUGUUGUGAUGUGCCRGGUUGUAACCUGGCCUGGCUGUUUGAGCGUCGCUGCUACAUCCUCAGCUGCCAGCAGAGGGAGAACUGUCAGCCCAGACAGAGACCUGGAGCUGAUUCCUAUAUGGCCUUCCUGCAGAGAGGACCCCCCCAUUCCCUGCUGCUUCAGUCUCUGGUCAGGGGGGAGCCCUACCCCAGUCGCUGGAGGCCCCGCCCCUCUGGGGACGUGGAGGCCCUGAAGGACCUAGCCCUGUUAGAUGGGCCCCAGACGGAUUUUGGUGACCCAGGUGGGAUGGAUUUGGAAUACCCUGAGAGUGAACUUGGCCCUGAGGAUAACGGUGGGGAUCUUCCAGAUUGGCCUGCAGGAUUGGAAGGGAGGGAUGGUUUCAACCUAUCGGAAAGUGAAGGCAGGUUAGAGGGGCUGAGAUUUGCAACAGAAGGGGCUGAGGGUAGCCUGCCCAGUCCUUCCACUGGGGCGACAGUCAACCAGGGGGCACCCCCCGGUGACCCCACGUCUGGCGAUACACCUGAAAACAAGAAAGAUAGUGAACUACAGAACACAUCCUUGGCCAGCUCAGGGCCAACAUUCACGCCCAAACCACAGAAUGACAGUGUUCACUCCUCCCAACCGAGCCAAAUAAGGACUUCCCAUCCRAKUAAAGCCCCAUCUCAUCUGUCCAGUACUGUACCCCUGACCACAUCCACACAGACAGAYCUAACGUUGCCCAGGGACACAGUGGAGCUGGUAGCCUCCGUUGGCCCAGAGACCCAAACUGCGGCGAGAAGGAACCACACCCCCAAAGCCGUCACCCUCCCAGUAACCGAGGUCAUGUCACUUCCUGCCAGCUCAACCAUCAUCAAUGGCAGCCGUAUGUAUGAAAUAGUUGGCUUUGGAUGGUGACUACCCUUACCAUAAUUUUACUCUUUACUUUUAGAGUAGGCCUACUAAAGAUAAAUAUAUAUCAGAUGAAUGAUCAGUCACAGCUCCGAUGUACCAUAAAACACACUAAUAUGAAUACAAAUAKUARACACUGACUGUGUGUGGUUAAUGUAAAAYUGUAUUUUCAAACUAAUAGAUGCUGCAAACCUAAACUUAAAAGCAAGUGUUGUUAGUGCUUGUGUGUGUAUAUGUGAUUGGCUAUGUGGCUGGGUGCAAAUUCAUAUGAGUAAAUAUCAAUGAUUCUCGACUUCUUCUGGCUGGGAGGGAUAUUGAAGAAUCGUUUGGAUUUGUAGUUGAGUCCUACUCGUUCCAUCUGGCUGGCUGCUCUCUUCUGUCCCCUGCUAGACUCCCCUGAUGUACAGGUUGAGCUUCCUCAUUCCAUCUGGCUGGCUGUUCUCUUCUGUCCCCUGCCAGACUCCCCUGAGGUACAGGUUGAGCUUCCUCAUUCCAUCUGGCUGGCUGUUC